GGGAGGGAGAGGAGGAAGGAGACAAAAGAGAGGCAGGGGAAGGAGGCCAAGAAAGCAGGGCUUCCCCGAGAGCUGGGGAAGCGGAAGGGGAGAGGGUAAAGGCAGGUGGUCCUCUGGUGUGCGUUUCCGAGACACCCUUCAGUUGUUGGGUCCAAGAAGGGAGAAGCCCAGACUUUGGGCUCACCUCGACUUCCAGUCCAGUGGCUGGGGCAGGUGUGGAUUCCAGCCCUGGAGAGCGAGCCAGCCCUGGGCGUUAGUGGGAAUCUGGACAGCUCCCGGGCUACUAGUCUCUCGGGGUGGGAGUUUCCGGACCUGCACUGUCCCGGCUCCCCCGAGGGCCGUAGGGGGGGGACUCAGUGAGAGGCGGCGGCAGCGCAGCAGCAGCAGCCGCCGCCGGGGCUGCCCAGCUCUCCUGCCCCGUAACUGCAGGGGCUAACGUGUCAUCUGCAUUCCUCUGUGAGUCAGCGGUGGAACCUGCCGUGCAGGUCGGACGUCGUAUAAAAGCCGGGGCGCCCCGCUCUCCCGGGCACAGACACCUCGGGAUCCAGCCCAGGCGCUCCAGGAGAGAUUCCGGGCCGGCGCUCGCUGCUCCUUCGCUCCUGCCUGCCUCCCUCCCUCCCUCCCUCGCUGAGCAUGGCCCGGCCGCUCGUGCUGGUCUGGCUCCUGGUGGCGGCAGCGGGCUGGACGGCGGCCCAGAACUGCACCUGCCCCACCAACAAGUGGACCAUCUGCAACCAGGUGGGCGCCAGCUGCCAGUGCACCGUCCUGGGCUCCAGCCACGUGGCGGACUGCUCCACCUUGACCUCCAAGUGCCUGCUGAUGCAGGCGCGCAUGAGCCCGCACAAGCCCCGCAAGCUGAUCCAGCCCAGCGAGCACGCCGUGGUGGACAACGACGGCCUGUACAACCCGGACUGCGACAGCGGCGGCCGCUUCAAGGCCCGCCAGUGCAACCAGAGCGAAGAGUGCUGGUGCGUCAACUCGGUGGGCGUGCGGCGCACGGACAAGGGCGACCAGACGCUCCAGUGCGACGAGCUGGUGCGCACCAGCUACAUCCUCAUCAACCUCCGGCACCGGGAGCGCGCCCGGGCCUUCAACCACUCGGACCUGAGCCGCGCCCUGCGGCGCCUCUUCCAGGAGCGCUACCAGCUGAGCCCCAAGUACGUCACGGCCGUGGAGUACGAGCAGCCCACCAUCCAGAUCGAGCUGCAGCAGAACGCCACCCAGAAGGCGCACGGGGAGGUGGACAUCGCCGACGUGGCCUACUACUUCGAGAGGGAUAUCAAGGGCGAGUCGGUGUUCCACAACCGGCACCUCAACCUGGAGAUCCGAGGGGAGCCCCUGCAAGUGGAGGACACCAUGAUCUUCUACGUGGACGAGAAGCCCCCCGAGUUCUCCAUGAAGAGGAUGACGGCCGGCCUGAUUGCAGUCAUCGUGGUGGUGGCCCUGGCCAUCGUGGCUGGCCUGGUGGUCCUGAUCAUUAGCAACAAAAGGAAGUCAGGGAAGUAUGAGAAGGUGGAAAUCAAAGAGAUGGGCGAAAUGAACAAGCGACUCAACCUGUAGGGAGCGACUUGUGUGGGAGGAUGCUGGGGAGGGGGGAGGAGGAGGUCCCAGAAAGAGCUUCUUUUCAGAACUGAAGCUGGCUGCCCGGGAUGCUCUGCUUUCCAGGCUCUUGUCGGAAAUCACCAAAAAGAUUCUUGGAGCUGGAAGGGAACUGAAUCCAAACCCUCUUUUUUUUUUUUUUGAGGAAACUGAGGCACAGAAGACACAUUUACGUUCUAAAGUUCCCCCUUUAUGUUCCAAGAUCUAACAUCCUCUGUCCUAGAGAAGCUUCUGGCUUUUAAGUUCUGUUCCAUUUAGGAUUCUCUGUUCUAAGAUUCUUUCUUUACAAUUGGGGUGAGCGCCUUUGCCUUCCUUCUCCUGGGCUCUUAGCCCUUUCCACCUCACCUUGCUGCUUUUAUGGUAGUUUUUGGUCUUGAGAGCUCCAUCUGACUUUCUAUCCUACCUGUGUGGUCUCCUGGACAACUUCCUUAACUUUUCUGAGCCUCUGUUUCAUUAUCUGUAAAAUGGAGGUAAAAACAAAAGCACCUCCUUCUAGAGUUGUUGGGACCGUGGAGGGAAGUAAUGGAUACAAAGCAAGUGCUGUCUAAAUGCCAGUUAUUAUGAUCCCUCAGGAAAAGAACCUAUAAAAACAGCCCAAUCAUUUCAGUCCUGGGACAGAAAGAGGACUGAAAAGAAGAACUGGUGGAAGGCAAAAAGGGGUGGGGUGGGUUUCUCUGGAAAGUCCAUCUGGGUGUGUCUGUCUCUGUACCUGCUGGCUUCUACUUAGAACUUCUUGGUACUAUCUGGAAGUGCCAGAAGAUAUUUUCCCAAUCUGAAAUUCAUUUGAAGGGGCCACCCUGGGGCAGCUGGGUAGCUCAGUGGAUUGAGAGUCAGGCCUAGAGAUGGGAGGUCCUGGCUUCAAAUCUGGCC